AUGAAUAAUUAUAAACUACUUAUGGUAUUUUUACUCGCUUUCACACUAGGAGGUAGUAAUUUAUGGGUUAAUUUAGCUUAACAAUAUAUUUCAUUGGGUAGUAAUCUAAAAUUGCAUAGUUUAAGUGAAUUGCAUAAUUUAAAGACUACCUAAUUAGAAUGCGGUCAAAUAUUGAGAGAAGUGAGCACUUCGAUUGAUGUAUGGUUAGAAAUCCUAGAGAAAUAAGAUUAACUCAACAUAGAUUCAAAUAAUCUUUAGAAAUUAAAGCUAUCAUUAUAAAUUUUUCGUGAAAAUGGUUAUAAUGAUGUAGAGCCUGGUAAUAGAUAUGUUUAUAGUUCAAGUAUUAUCGCAAUUCAGAAAUUUAUUCACAAAAAUUAUGGGUCAAAUAAGUGCACAAAAUUUAAGAAACACACCAUUUUAAAGAUGGAGAAAGGAUAGUGUGAUGGAAUUAUAAGGAGUAGUAAGUACAUUAAAUACUGUCGGGAAUAAAAAAGACUUAGAAUUAUCGAGUGAUAAAAUAGAAGAAUUAAUAAAUAGUUUAAUGUAAGAGAGGGAAUAAAUUAGAUAUUAAUGUUAGAAAGGUUCAUAAGUAACAUUAUUAAUUUAAAUUAGAAUACAAUCAAGAUUAUUGCUAAUAAAGUCAAAUAAAUUACUAAUGAAUGUUCUGAUAGUUUACAAAUCAUUGCUAGAAUUAAGCCAAAUGAUGAUGAAGGACAAGUAGUAAUUACUGGAAAACCUGAUGGUCAAUAAUAAAUAAAGGGUGAAAUUAAAUAACCUAUUCAUCCCACAUAACCAAUUAAACUUCAACCAGCUUAUAGAGUUCUACAAGCUUCAACAGAUGAGGGGGAUGGUGAAGAUUUUUUAAACUAAUUGUAACUAUCUGAAUUUACUAAUCAAACUCCUGUUUAUUAAAAAGAAAGAAAUAAACCAGAACCAUUCACUGAAUAUGGUUAUGGAUAUUGGGCUAAAUUUUAAUUAGCAUAUCCUUAAUUCUUACCAAGUGGAAAAAAUGAGAUCUGGUAUUUUGUUUCCAGAUUGAGCGCAAAUUAGAAUGAUUAAGAUAUCACUAUGGGAGAUAGGUUGCUAGCUAUUUGGUUGGGUAAAGGAUAUUAUCUUUUUACAACUUGUGAUUAACCAAGUGAUGAACCAAAUAAUCAUCAAAAGGUUAAUUAUCCUGAAGAUUUUGAUGGAGUUUGGACUUAUAUUUACUAUUCAUACAGUGUUGAAAAAAAGAAGGCUGUUGCUUUUAUCAAAUUUGGAAGUGGUGAUCUUAUAAAGGUUAUUCAUUAAGUUUCGAAUCCAUCAACAAAUUGGGUCAGAUUCACUAUUGGUGGAAAAGAUUAAAAUAGAUAUCAUGGGUUUAAUGGUUCAUUCUAAUAAAUCUAUUUCAGUACUAACCAGGGUGUUUUUCUUGACUCUGAGAAUUGUGAUAUUAGUAAGUUGUAAGAAAAUACAUAACCAAAUGAUUUCUUGCUUGAAUCAAUCACUUAUACACUGGUCUCAAAUCUAUAAUAAAGGAAUGCUGAUACUGUAGAAGUUUUUUCUAUUGUUGGAACAUCUGAUAAUCCCUAAUACCCACAUGAAUACACAUUCAGUGGUUGGUUCAAAUGGGAAGUACCAGAAUAAUAAUAAGAAUGGCAUAAUAUUUUCAGAGUUUAAAUUAAAGAGCCAUCAACUGAUGGAUAAUUGGGAGAUAGAACAUUGGUUGCUUGGGUUGGAAAGGGAGAUGGAGGUAUCAUUCAUUUGGCAACUUAUACAUAUGAUAAUUUGGAAGGUGGUGGAAAUCCAAAUUUUGUUUAAAAUAUCCAACACUAAAAUAGAUAUACUGAAUGGUUCUUUAUAUCAUUUGGAUAUUCAAGACCUUAGAAGAAAGCUGUUGCUUCAAUUCAAUGGAAAGAAUCUACUGAUAAAAAAGAAUAUAAUAAUAUUAGACACUUCCAUGUACCUAAGUUCUUCAUAUAUGUAGGUAAAGACAAGAUGUACCCAGGAUUCAAUGGUAAAAUUGCAUUAGCCUCUUUCAUUAUUGGAGGAGAACUAAAUCUGUAAAUAAUUUUGGAUUAUUGGAUUCACACAAGUAUCCUAGAUUUGAUUAAUAAGCAACUUAAAAAAAAUUUUGAUGUAUAACCCUUCAUUCCUGGAUGCUCAAAUUAUAUAAAUGACUUAUGUUUUAAUUGUUUUGAGGGAUGGAAUUAUUUAGAUCUAAUUAAUUAGUGUAUACCAAUUUGUGGAGAUAAAAUAAUUAAGGGAAAUGAAGAAUGUGAUGAUGGAAACAUAAUACCAUUUGAUGGUUGCUUUAAUUGUAAAUUCUAGUGUAAUUAUGAUUGUUUAAAAUGCCAAUUUGGGAAAUGUUUAUAAUAGAAAGAGAUUUAACAUUUUGAUUAGAAUAAUAAAAUAGAUUGUCAAAUUGAUAUCUAUUAGCCAAUCAAAGGAUAUUCAUUGGAUAAUAAUUUUAUGAAGUGUAUAUCUAUAUGUGGAGAUGGAUACAUUACAAUUGAAGAAGAAUGUGAUGAUUAAAAUAGUAUACCUUAUGAUGGUUGCUUUAAUUGUAAAUUCCAGUGUGCUAAAAAUUGUCAAAUAUGCCAAUUUGGGAAAUGUAUUUAAUGUUUAAUUGGUUACAAGCUGAAAUCUUAAUAUUGUUAUCCUAUUUGUGGAGACAAUUUGACUUUAGAUAGUGAAUAAUGUGAUGAUGGUAAUAAUGAAAAGUUUGAUGGUUGUUAUAAAUGUGAGUAUAGUUGCUAAAUAGAAUGUUAAUUAUGUGUUAAUUAAUAAUGCUUUUAAUGUUUAGAAGGAUGGUAAUUAAUUAGUAAUAAGUGUGAAUAAGUUUGUAAUGACAAUAUGUUAGCAAUAUUAUCUAUUGAAUAAUGUGAUAACGAUGAUGAUAUGUAUUGUAAUGGUUGCAUAUCAUUAUGCUAAGAUAAUUGUUUAUCAUGUCUUGAAUAUAAUGAAUGCUAAUUUUGCAGAAAUCCAUUUUAAUUGGUGAACGGAGUCUGUACAUCUAUCUGUGGAGAUUCAAUUGUAACAGUUGGAUUUGAAUAAUGUGAUGAUGGAAAUGAUAUUAAAUUUGAUGGUUGUUACUAAUGUUAAUUAUAAUGUUCAUUUGGUUGUAUUUAAUGUUAGAAUAAUAACAUUUGUACAUAAUGUGAUCCUAAAUUUACUGAAUUAAAUAUUAGUACUAUGAAAUGCGAAUAAAUAAAAGUUGAAAUAGAAAUUAAUGAAGAGAUUUUAGAGGAUAAUGAUAACUAAUGUGGAAAUGGUCUACUUAAUAGUCUUUAUGAAGAUUGUGAUGAUGGUAAUAUUGCAGGAGGAGAUGGAUGUUCUGCAUAUUGUAACAUUGAAGAAUCAUUUAUUUGUGAGAAUGUAGAAGGCUCAAUAAGUAUAUGCACUUAUCUAGAAGCUCCAAAGUUUAAAUUAAAAUCACUCUCUGAUAAAAAAAGUUAAUCAUAAAUUUUAGAACUAAGCUUCUCUCAAAAAGUAAAAUUGAGUACUGACAUUGCUUUUGAGAAUAUUACUAUUUUUACUGUUUUACCAACUAUAAGAUAUGACAUUAAUAUAAUACCACUGGUCAAAUGUUCAACAGAAUUUAACUAAUCUAAAUAUUAAAUAUCUAUAUUUUUUAGAGAUCCUGUCAAAAACCCUGUUCUUAAAGUUGAAAUUGAGAAAUCCAUGAUUAUUAAUGAAUUGAAUUAAUAUUUGAUGGAUAAUACAUUAGAAAUCAAUUUAGGAAAUCCUUUUGUGAUAUCUGAAGCAACCUAAUAAACAGUCACUAAAAUUGUAUCAAUGAAUGAUGCUAUGAUUUAUUCGAUGAUAUCAAUUUCAGGAUUAGUUUUGUUGACUGGAAACACAAUAAUGUUUUUGAAUUUGUUAGAUUUGUUGCAAUCAUUAUCAUAUCUUAGAUAUAUGCAAUACUAAUUCCCUUAACAUUUGAAAUAAUUCUUGGACACUUAUACUAAAAUAUCACUAUAACCAAUUUUAGAUUUUCUAUAAAUUGAUCUUAUCUUAUAAAAACUAAAUGGUGGUACAUUACCUUUUAAAAAAAAAGAAGUAUAAAUUGAGUUGAAUACAUAUUUUUUAAUGAAUUCCAAAAGUUGUUAUUUUUCUAUUUUGUUAUCUCUUUUUUCAUACUGUGUCUUUUGUUUGAUCACUAGUUCAAAAAUGCUCUAUUGGCUGUAGUGUUUAGAAUAGCGAUUUUGGGAAAAUAGUAAAUACUUAAGAUUUUAGAGCUUUAUUUAAUAAAAAAUUAUUAGAAAAUGCCUUCGAUUGAAAAUUAAGUAUUUAUCGUUUGGGAUAUUUCAAAUGUAUUAUUCAAUUCUUCAUUAAUUGAUAUUUAGUGCUCUAUUAUAGUUUCCAAAUUACACAUUUGAUUCAGCAUUUAAUAUCUUUAAUAGUAUCAAUGCAAUUAUUGCGCUUUUAUUUAUAUUGUUCUCAACCAUAAAAUUGUUUUCAAUAACUACCAAUAACAUUAAAGAUGUAAGAAAAUGGAAAUAUUUCUUUAAUGAAAAGAUUAAUGGAUUUUGGACAAAAAAUUAUAAAUCAUUUUAAAUUUGCAGAGUGAUAUUUUAUAUUUUUAAUAUUGUAGCUUUUAUUGAUUAUCCGGAAUUAUAAUCAAUAUUACUCUCCAUGUCAUCAGCAAUCUAUUUGAUUUAUUUAAUUUAGAAUAAUCCUUUGAGAUCUUAAUAUGAUUUCAUUAAACUAAUUUUUAAGGAAACAUUCCUAUUGAUUAUUACUGGAUCUUUUCGUAUAUAUAGUUUCAACCUAAGCAAUGAAUUACUCUUAUUAUGUGGAUGGAUACAUAUUGCUUUAUUUUCUACAAUGCUAGCUUCUAGUUUAGUAAUAGACAUGAUAAAUCACUUAAUCAAUGCUUAUAAUCACUAUUAAAAUCUAAAAUAUUAAAAUGAAAUAAAAAAAAUAUAAGAGUACUUUCACAAUCGUUUACAGAGAUUUAUUUUGAAUGAUCCCGAAAAUCUAUUUGUCUAAAAUAAUAAAUUGAAAAAAUGA